AUGUCUGCCCAAAGAGUCUCAAAGGGUGUUUCUCGAGAUUUAAUCAGCAGCCUGCCAGAUGAGGUUCUCGGAAAAAUCCUGUCACUGCUUCCGACAAAGCUUGUUGCUUCCACAUCGGUUCUGUCCAAAAGAUGGAGGAAUCUUCUCUCCCUCGUCGAAAACCUUGAUUUCAACGACGCAACAGGUAAUCCUCGUGGCUUCUCCGAUUUCGUCGACAAAACACUCGCUCUCUUAACCAACUCCUCAAUCAUCAAGAGAUUCUCUCUCAACUGCGAGCACAAGCACGACAAAACCCGAGUCGACACGUGGAUUCACACUGUCCUGAAGCGUGGCUUCUCGGAGCUUCAUUUGCAGAGCGUGUGUAUGGGUUUCUUACAAACCGAGUUCUUCACGAGCAACACGCUCGUUAACCUCACGUUGGCAUUAUCCGUUACGUUUCGGACCGAUGGUUACAUCCCUCACAGUGUCGUGUUUUUCCCGAAGCUCAAGACGCUAUCUCUCGUUUUAGUUGGGCUUGCAGGUAGUGAGGUUUAUGAGUAUCUCAUCUCUGGCUCCCCUGUGCUUGAGGAACUGUUCAUACAUUAUGAUGCUGAUCGUUCCUCGGCUAUGAUGAAUGAAGAGGUGUUUUUUAAUCCUUCCACCAUUGUGUCGAGUCUUACCGUUAAGCGACUGGCCAUCUCUUACGGCUUUCCUGGUGACCAUGAGGUUCCUAAUACUGUGUGGUUUAAGACGCCGAGUCUUUUGUACCUUGACUAUUCUGGUUACGCCACGGAUCAGUAUCAUGCUGAUUUCGGUUCGCUUGUGGAAGCUAAACUGGAUCUUCGGUUUUCCGGGAAGCGAGUUUUGAAUGCGGAUAUGAAUGGUAUUGAUGAUACUGGUGAGGGUGGUAAUACUGCUUUAGGUAAGGAUGAUGACUAUAUAAAGGAUGACAAGUACUGUAGUCGUUGUGAACAUGAUGAUGAUGAUGAUGAGGAGGAGGAUGACGAUGAUGAUGAUGAGGAUUGUGGUUUUGGUAAGGAUGACAAGUACUGUAGACGUUGUGAACAUGAUGAUGAUAGUGAUGAUGAUGAUGAGGAUGAUGACGAUUGGGGUUUUGGUAAGGAUGAUGAAAAGAUAAAGGAUGACAAGUACUGUAGUCGUUGUGAACAUGAUGAUGAUGAGGAUGAUGAUAGUGAUCAUGAUGAUAGUGAUCGUGAGGAUGAGGAUGAGGAUGAUGAUGAUGAUAGUGAUGAAGAGGAGGUGUUUCACUAUGACUGUAAAUCGAUGCCGGUCUUUCACAACCUCCUUACUCUAUCUAUUGAGAGCAACGAAGAAAAAGGAUGGCAAGUGUUGCCACUUCUCCUCAACAACUCUCCAAGCCUAGAAACUUUAGUCAUCAAGGGUCUUGUGCACAAAGUUACAAAUAAAUGCGGUAACGCCUGCGUUUGCAUCACUCAGAAGAAGAAGAAGAAGGAGGAGGAGGAGGAGGAAGAGGAAGUAUGUUGUUUAUCGACAUGUCAUGUGAAGGUGCUAAACAUUUUAGCGUAUGGAGGAACUGAUAGAGAGCUGAAACAGAUGAGACAUUUCUUGGAAAAUCUGAAAUGUCUUGAAACUGUCAUGGUCAAGGUUGGUGUUGAAGUGGAUCGCCGACAAGACAGAAAUGUUUACAACAACUACAAGAGAAUCACCAAUGAUCUUACUAUGCUUCCUAGAGUUUCAUCAAAAUGUCAGAUCCAUUUCUCCUGA